AAACACACACGCAACAGGUCGGUUCACGCUCUUCAAUGCAACGUCUUCAAAUGAAGCUGACUGUGAACGGGGAUCGGUUUUAGCAUCGUUUCACAGAUUAAAGUGGGACACGACAGGGAUGCAGGAGCGAGGGAGAGAGGGACACCGAGGGAAAGUAGAAAACCGAGAGAGGGAGGCCUUUUAUAAAAAGCCAAGUCCUGGCACUUUGUGAAGUAAUUGCAGGCGGCGUGAUCGCGGGCUUUGGGUCCGAAACGGGAUCCUGAUGAGCCAAUGAGUGCCCCCAUAAUUCCCCUCAAUGGUGUACAGUAUCAAGGGGCGCAAGCUGCUGCAGAAUUACAGUCCUGUGAGCAUGACAACAAAAGAAGACAUGGAGAGCAAAGACUGAGGCUCCUGAAUCCUCUCUGCAGCGUCAAUUACAUCAGUCUGCUCUGAAAAGAUGACCUCUGCCACUCCGCCCUGCUCUCGCAGCUCUUCCCCUCACAAAGUUUGCCACUCCCAGACUCAGACAGAUGUUUUAAAACCAUUACUGGGCGGUGGAACAUCUGCUGGGGCUCUGAGGAAAAGGAGGCGCAUCCUCUCCAAAGAUGGCCGCAGCAACGUUCGCAUCGAGCACAUCAGUGGGAGGGGCACCCUCUACAUGCGUGACCUUUGGACAACCUUUCUGGAAAUACCGUGGCGCUACAAGUUCUUCCUGUUCACAGCAACGUUCGCAGGAACCUGGUUCCUCUUUGGGGUGGUGUGGUACCUGGUUGCUCUGGUUCACGGAGACCUACUGGAGUUCGACCCUCCAUCCAACCACACGCCGUGUGUGAUGCAGGUGCAGACCCUCACAGCGGCCUUCCUCUUCUCUCUGGAGUCCCAGACAACCAUUGGUUAUGGUUUCCGCUGCAUCACUGAGGAAUGCCCAGCUGCCAUAAUCCUCCUCAUCCUCCAGCUGGUCAUCACCAUGCUCAUGGAAAUCUUCAUCACUGGGACCUUUCUGGCCAAGGUUGCGCGGCCAAAGAAACGAAGCGAGACGGUGAGGUUCAGUCAGCACGCUGUUGUUUCCACCUACGAGGGUCAACCCUGCCUGAUGAUCUGUGUGGCCAACAUGCGCAAGAGUCUUCUGCUUGGGUGCCAGGUGACAGGAAAACUACUUCAAACCUCUAUGACGAAGGAAGGAGAAACCGUUCGUCUGGAUCAGAGAAACGUGCCCUUUCAAGUGGACACCUCCAGCGACAGCCCCUUCCUCAUCCUGCCCCUCACUUUUUACCACAUCAUCGAUGACAACAGCCCACUGAGAGCUUGGGCAGCCAAGGGUGGUGGAUGGACAGACCCAGAACUGGCUGAUUUCGAGCUGCUGGUGAUCCUGAGCGCCACAGUGGAGCCGACCUCCGCCACCUGCCAGGUCCGAACCUCCUACCUGCCGGACGAGAUCCUCUGGGGUUACGAGUUUCCUCCCGUCGUUUCUCUCUCCCAGUCGGGCAAAUAUGUAGCAGACUUUGCCUUCUUUGACAAAGUGGCCAAGACCAAGACCACCCCCAUCUUUAAACCAUCCAGCCCCCUGCACGGGUACCAGAGCAAUGGAGGCGGGCCUGUGUCCGAGGCGCUGGACCCAGAGAAGAUUCGUCUGGAGCAGAGUUACAGGGAGGACCGCGGCCGAGUUAGAGAAGGUCCGAUCAGCGUUCGCAUCAGCAACGUGUGAUCAAACGGGAGCGAAAACAGAAAACGUCGCGGGGGACUGUAAAUCUGCAGAAGAUCAGAGAAACAUCACAAGCAGACUUUAAACC